AUGAGUACAUCAAUUCUAUAUGAUUACAUUGUUAUUGGUGGUGGUAGUGGCGGUAUGGCCUCAGCCCGUCGAGCUGCUACAUAUGGUGCAAAGGUUCUUAUUGUCGAACGCGGUCGUGAAUUUAAUGGUAUGGGUUUAGGUGGUACAUGUGUAAAUUAUGGAUGUGUACCAAAGAAGGUUAUGUUUAAUACUGCAGCACAUGUGGAACAUUUGAAUCGAAAUAAAGAUUACUGUAUUAAUACAGCAAUGAAAGAAUUUAAAUUUGGUGAUUUUGAUUGGUCCACGAUGAAAAUAAAGCGUGAUGCUUAUAUUAACCGUCUUAAUGGCAUUUAUGAGAAUAAUUUGAGCAAAGCUAAGGUCGAUUACGUACAAGGUAUUGCUAAAUUUAUGGCCAAGGAUACGAUUCAGAUUUUCCAGGAAAAGAGUUUGUUAUUGAUAGUGAUGAUUUUUUUUCGACUGGAGCAACAACCAAAGAAAGUGGCUGUUGUAGGUGCUGGUUAUAUUGCUGUGGAAAUGGCUGGCAUCUUUAACACAUUGAAAAGUGAAACAAUGCUCUUCUGUCGCCACGACCAAGUACUGCGCAAGUUUGACCCCAUUGUACGUGACUUAGUGAAUGAAGAAAUGGAGAAAGCAGGUGUCACAUUUGUGCGCAACAUGGGAACUACGCGUGUGGAAAAGCAACACGACGGCAAAUUUACGUUUGUCGUGACUAUUAACGGAGAGGAGCAAAAGUUUUCAGACUUUGACACGAUCUUGUACGCUGUUGGACGCGUACCACGCACCAAGGAUCUUGGUCUAGAAGAAAUUGGUGUCAAGCUUGCGGAGGGUGGAUUCAUUCAGGUGGACGCACAGGAAAACACAUCGGUGCCUGGAGUGUACGCUAUUGGUGACGCAACGGUGACUGGCUGGGAGCUCACGCCAGUAGCUAUUGCCGCAGGCCGUCGUCUAGCCGACCGUCUUUUUGGUGGUGAGAAGGAUGCGUGUCUUCACUACCAUCAGAUCCCGACAGUGAUCUUCAGCCAUCCACCAAUUGGCACAAUUGGAUAUACUGAGCCAGAAGCUAUUGAGAAGUACGGUGUGGAGAAUAUCAAGGUGUAUUCGAGCAAGUUUGUGAACUUGUUGCACGCAAUGGCGGACCCCGAGCACAAGGUUAAGACGGCCAUGAAGCUGGUGACUGUGGGUGAGAAGGAGACUGUCGUUGGUGUGCACGUAGCUGGCGAUGGAGCGGACGAGAUGAUCCAGGGCUUUGGUGUAGCGGUCAAGAUGAACGCUACAAAGGCGGACUUUGACAACAUUGUAGCUAUCCAUCCUACGGCGUCUGAGGAGCUUGUGACCAUGGCACCAUGGGGAAUGAUUAAGGACAAGAUUGUGGUGGCGCCAAAACCGGCACGUCCCGCCCCGAUGGGCAAGCAAUAA